UUAUCUUUACUCCGCGACUCCCUCUACGAGCGCAAGUCCGAGAUGGAUCUAGUUUUCAGCCGAUGUUCGUUUCCAACGAGGCAACAGUCCGCCAAGAGCAGCAAAGACGUGUACAACACCUUUCACAAACUCCUCUAAUCCAAACGUCGGUCGUAAGACAAAUCUCGUUAAAUAAUGGACAAUAAGGGCAACCCACCUCCCGGUUUCAUGCCACCACCGGCUUACGGUCCACCACAACCAGGUCAACCCUCUGUGGUGAUCGUCCAGGCUCCAGCUUUGGGACCAGAAACGGCAGCAAUGACCUGCCCCCACUGCCGUGCAAAUAUUUCAACCCGUGUCGAACAAUCAUCGUCAACUAAGACUCACCUCUUUGCUCUGCUUCUCUGCGUGCUUGGGUGCUGGCCUUGCGCUCCCUGCCCAUACUGUAUGGACAGUUGCUUGACCAAGAAGCAUUUUUGUCCAGCUUGCAACGCAUUCAUUGGAGAAUACAGCAAUUAGGCGCGAUGAAUAUUUAAUUAACUGUGCCUAUAUAUAUAAAUAUAUAUAUUUACACAUAUAUAUAUAUCCACUAUUUCAUUCAGAGCUGACGGUAUUCACAAAAAAAAAGAACUAUAACAACGAUAUACCAAUAUAAAAUAAUAUUAAAACUGAAAAAAAUACAAAAAAAAAAAAAUUACAAAUAUAUAAUGAAUAAACGAAAAAUCCAUUUCGAAACAAGAAAUAAUUAUACUAUACUCGCCUAUGGCGUACACGCCCAUGUAAUGACAUUAUAUAAAGAUAUAUACUUAUAUAAAUAUAUUACAUAUAUAUUUCUUAUACGAAAAACAGAUAAGAUGAAAGAAUAAUACUUUAAUAUAAUAAAAGUGAAACAAAAGGAAAGUAACUAACAAAAUAGAGUAUAUGAAAUAGAAAAAAAAACAAACAAUAUGAAUAAAAUAAAGUUCAUCGGUCAAGUAAUAUGAGUUAUUAUACUAAUGAAACUGGUUCAUUUGAAAAAAAGAACAAUAUUUACUCAAUGUUUGCUAGUUCCGUUUUAAUUAGGUAUUCAUUUACCAAAUUAAUACAUACCAACCACAUGUCAGAAUUCCAAAAAAAUAUACACAAAAAUGUUUGACGUACUGUUUUUCAGUACAAGUAUAGUCGGCGAGAAAACUGUACUGUUAUUAUAACUCAUAUUAUGUUAAGCUGAAAAAAUAACUCUUUACAUUUUUUCUUUUAAUUUUUGUUUUUUAUCAUUACUAUAAUUUCCUACUUUUUUUUUUUAUUAUAUUUAAUUUUUUUCUCGAUUCAUAUUUGCGUAUUCAUACUCUUAUGUAUUACGUAUACCUCUCCACGAUUAUAUCCUCUAUAUGAAAAUUACAAGAUAAAAAACAAACAAACAAAACUGCGCACGCUUACUGUGAUCGUUGAGUUUUAGUUUAUAGAUUUAACUUUUUCUACAAUAUACGCAAUGUGUAAUAGAUUAAUUUUUAUAAAAUCUGAUCAGAAUGGAAAAUAAAAUAUUUUUAUCUGUC